AUGACUACCAUUGACGAGGACAUGGACGAGUUUUUCAAUUUCGAAGAUGCUGCCCAUCCAUUGGACCACAGCACCGACAUCGACUUCACUGACUUCCCCUCGGGUCCCUACGAUGUCAAUCUCGCAUUUGCAGAACAAGAAAAUGACGAGAAUUCUUUUAUGUGCUUACAGCACUUCUCGGCCCCAGAAGAGCACCUCAAUUUCGAUCUCGACGGCCAUAUGGACACCACCAUGUUGAGCCCCGCCGAUUUCACAGACUUUGGAAGAUGGAUUGACGGCUCAGGUGUCCCAACUGAGCCCUGCGCUUAUUGUCGCCGCAUGAGGAUUCAUUGCAAGAUCAUUAAUGAGGGUCUGCGCAAGGGCUCUUGUACAAGCUGUGUUGCGCUUGCGAGGUCUUGUAGCUUGACUCAUGAGCCGUCUCGCUUGAUUUCCCACCCACCGAAAGGAACACAACAGGAGGGUAGACGCUCAUCGGCUGAGUUUUCCUUGCUAGGUAAUGCUAUCAGUAAUGAUAAUAGUGACGUUGAACUCUUGGCUGGCCCUCAAGCUCAAGCUCAAGCGUGUGAGCAAUGUGAGUAUUGUCGAAGUCGAGGUUAUCAAUGCAAGUAUAUCCAGGAAGAUGGCCGUGUCGGUGCCUGUACUAGCUGCGUUGCCCUUGUUCGGCAUUGCAGCUUGGCCCCUGUUGAUGAUCUUGCCGACUGGAAGAUUGACGACGGCAUGGAUGCGACCAAUGCUUGGAUCCCGACCAAGUCUCCCUUGGAAUCUCCCAUCGCUUCCUCACAUAACAGGUCUGCGCCCAACUUGCUCUCACUGAGAUCCUCAGACGAGAACAUGAAUGGCGAGGCCAAUGAAAGCAAUCCGAAAGUCGGCGCAAGGUUCUCCAGAGAUUCAGUCCGUAUUCUCAGGGGCUGGCUAUCAACUCAUCAUCGCCAUCCAUACCCAACAGACGAAGAGAAAGAGGGUCUUCAACGUCAGACUGGUCUCAACAAGACCCAGAUCACCAACUGGCUAGCAAACGCUCGUCGGAGGGGAAAGGUUCGUGCACCUCGAUCAACUUCCCCAAGCGUGAGCAACUAUUCCAAGGCAAUGGACAUCCCACGACGUGCUACCCCUGCUCUUGAAAACAUGAAUCCGCUUGAAAGAUGGAAACAUUCUCCUCCCGAAAACGAACCUGCUUCCGUCACCGCUAUAGCUAAAGCCGUUACUUCGUCCACCUGGUCAUCCGGUCGCGACAGCCCUUACGCUACGAGUUACGGACGUUCAGACGAUGGUUCUUGCAACAUCUCAUCUACCAGCAGUUUCGGCACGUCGCAUUCGAGUGGUGGUUCGUUUGCUUCUGCCUUUUCACACAAAUCACAAGGCUCAUUUGGUUCUUUUGGGUCUCUAAACAUCAAUGCCAAUCGGGGACGAAGGCGUCGUCGUCGCCAAGCACCCAAACCUGUCAAGUUACCCAACAUGAAUGGCCCAAUUCGUACCUUCCAAUGUACUUUCUGUACCGAAACCUUCAAAACCAAGCAUGAUUGGCAAAGGCAUGAGAAGUCCUUGCACUUGUCACUUGAGCGGUGGAUCUGCUGUCCCAAUGGACCUACUCAAUUCUCUGUGGAAUAUGAUCAAAUGCGUUGUGUGUUCUGCGGCCUUCCAAACCCACCUGAUGGACAUGCAGAAAUGCACAAUUAUUCCAGCUGCGCGGACCGAUCGUUGGAAGAGCGAACAUUCUACCGGAAAGAUCAUUUGCGACAACAUUUGAAUCUUGUGCACGAUGCCAAGUUUCAAGGCUCAAUGGAAUCCUGGAAAGUAGCCACACCUGAAAUCAGAUCCCGAUGUGGUUUCUGUGGUGUUGUAAUGGGCUCUUGGACUUUUCGAGUAGAUCAUCUAGCAGAGCAUUUCAAGGGCGGAAAAUCUAUGGCUGACUGGAAGGGUGACUGGGGUUUCGAUCCUCAAGUGUUGGAUAUUGUUGAGAACGGAAUGCCUCCAUACCUUAUUCAUGACGAGCGGAAUAGCGUCAAGCCAUAUGAAGCUUCGAAAGAAAAGGCUCACGAAUCGCGGACUUUGGAAGAUCUUAUCAAAAUUGGGCUGGUGGAGUAUGUGCACGAUAGAAUCAUCAAAGGCGGGGUGCCAACAGACGAAGAGCUACUAAAUGGAGCUUGCCGGAUUAUUCGCAGAUCUGACGAGCUCCUGGGUUCUCCUGGUGACAUUGAGGUAUCUUGGUUCCGCGAUCUCAUCUUGUUCUCGAGGGAUAAUGCUAGGGUUGACGAGGACAUGUUGCAGCCUACAAACAUAGGCCUUCCCUGGGCGAAGAAAGCGGAACUUGUCCACGGCUCGCUUCCCUACACUUGUAAAACAGACGAGAGUGUUAUCAAGUGCCCAAAGGAGCGGGCCCUGAAGUUAUUUGUCGACGCACAGCAGGCCUUAGGACUAACACCCACGACCUCCCAGCUACAGAUCGAAGCCUGCCAAAUUCUUAGCGACAUUGAGAAGACCUCAAAUUUUAAGUCGAAACCUGCCCUGGGCUGGUUCAAAUAUUUGGCCACGGCUUCGACAAAUUGGCUUGAAGACUUUAGGAGGCGGGCAGGAUUGCCGCGGACUUCGGAAAUGAGAUCUGAGAAUAUUCGUUCAACCGAUGACAAGAGCAUUGAUUAUAGCAUUCAUAAUCAAGCCAGACUUGAGCAAGAGCUGAUAGCCUGGGUCCAACUGCAACGAGCUCUUGAUAUCACGCCAAGUGAUGCUGAUAUUCAGAGGAAAGCGCGGUUAAUGGUAUACAAGAACGACGAUCCUUGGAAUCAAACUGUUAUGGAUGAUCCUGCAAUGCUACACUUGUUCAAGCGCCAACGUGGCCUUGCACCUGAGAACGAGGACGGCCCUGAUAUGCCAACCCUUUCGGAAGCACUUGAGCUAGGCCUAUCGCCAGCAAGUUCAGACCCUUCACAGAAGACUUUGCACUGGGCGUUGGACCAAAAUGCACUUGGGUUACCGUCACCAAGUUUAGCAGACAGCGGCAAUAAUAGUGCACCUGGAACUGGAACACACACGCCGAAUCACGACCAACCCCUUCUUCACACCACGAUUCAGAACCAGCCAUCCGCAAACUCUAAUCCCGUCAUGCCACUUAAAUACUUCCUCAACGAUGCCAACUGUUACGGCCGACUUGUCCGCGAGCUCUCUCGAUUCGUCACUACCUGCACCUCAGCCAACAACCCCAACAGACACAUCCCCACCGACGCCGAAAUCCAAAACCAAGCCCGCUGGAUAAUCUACGACGACGACGACCCCUGGAACCAAACCGCAGCCGACAACGCCGAAUGGCUCAUCCGCUUCAAGCGCAACGUCGGCCUCGCGCCCCCAACCGAAGGGCCCGGCCUCCCCGUCACUUCUAGUUCCUGGCAAGUCGCAGCCGGCGGCUCUGGCUUCUGCCCUCCGUACCUCAAGGCUAAAUCUCCACUAUCAUUCAACGAGAACGAGCCCGUGCCCGUGCGCAUGGAAGAUAAAGUCUACCAGAUCAAAGCGACCACGGCGCAGAAAUUCAUCACCGGUCUCGCGGAACGCUACCAACCUCCCGCUUCUGUCUUCUGUUCCCGCGAGCUGGAGAACGGGCUGAAUAACUACGUGCAUGUGCGGAUGACUGAGGGCGUCGUACCGAGUGAUGACGAGCUCAAGGCUGAAGCGCGGGUUAUAUUGGGCACUGAGCAGACGGCUGCCGAUGACCCAUUACUGCUUGAGAAAUUCAAAGCGUUGCAUGGGAUUGUCACUGAUUACAACUUGCAUGAUGUCCUGGCACAGUUUGAUGCUGAGUUGGAGAUGGGAGGGAUGGAUUUCAGCUCCGCGGAGAUGACUGGUCUUGAUGUUGGUCUUGGUAUUGGCGGCGCUGCUGGUGGUGGAGGGGGGGAGAUGGACAUCACGCCUCUGAUUCCUGGGGGAGAAAUCACACCUGGCAUGCUCCAGAAUGAACAGACGGAGUUGGCCAUGGGCGUCGCGAAGGAGUAUGCGGAUCUGUAUCGUGUGCAGGUUACCACUGCGUCGCCGUUGAGGAGGAGGGCGACUCGGAAGCUGGCGGAGAGUAAGGGCUUUAGCGUUCCGACGACGCAGUAG